UGCUGUACGAGUGAGUGUUGGGCACAAGACAAGACAAGACAAGACAGCUUAUCAAGGUCCUGCUCGCAUCAUCAGUUCGUGCUGGCAGCGCGAGUCUAAGCUUGGACAAAUUUCAUACGCUAACCGCAGCCACUGCCAUUGGCGAGGACUCACGCGAGCAAGACACUUGGACAGAACAUCGUCAAGACAGCAGCAAACAUGCCGAACGUUGGCCUGAUAGAUCACUCACCACGACACCCAGAGCCCGCUGCACCUGUUCCCACGGCUUCAAAUCUCAUCUUGAUCGACAACUAUGACUCCUUCACCUGGAAUGUGUACCAAUAUCUCGUGCUCGAAGGAGCACAAGUCGAAGUGAUUCGCAACGACCAGAUUACGCUCGAUGAAUUAAUAGCCAAGAAGCCGACACAACUAGUCAUCAGUCCCGGACCUGGUCAUCCCGAGACCGAUUCGGGCAUCAGCAAAGAUGCCAUCAAGCAAUUCAGUGGCAAGAUACCCAUCCUCGGUGUCUGCAUGGGCGAGCAGUGCAUCUACUCCGUGUUCGGCGGGACUGUCGAGAAGACUGGCGAGAUCCUUCAUGGCAAGACUUCUCCUCUUCGACACGAUGGCAAGGGCGUCUAUGCAGGUUUGCCACAAGAUGUGGAAGUCACGAGGUACCACUCGUUGGCUGGAACUCACCCUACUUUGCCGGAUACCCUGGAAGUUUCGUCGUGGAUCGCAGUCGGCCCAGACGGAGGUAAAGGGGUCAUUAUGGGUGUUCGGCACAAGGAGUUGCUGGUUGAAGGUGUCCAAUUCCAUCCUGAAUCAAUUCUCACAGCUGGAGGCCGACUCAUGCUGAAGAACUUCUUGCACAUGCAAGGUGGUACUUGGGCAGAGAAUGCCCGUCUACAGACCGAAGCGCAGCGAGUCUCAACUGGUGCCAAGGCGCAAACAGACGGGACUGCCAAUGGCGAGACGAAAUCCAACAUUUUGGAAAGAAUAUACGAUCAGCGCAGAAAGGACGUAGCAGAGCAACGCCAGAUUCCGUCCCACAGAUUUGAAGAUCUACAAGCUACCUACGACCUCAAUUUGGCGCCACCUUUGGUCUCGUUCCCAAACCGACUGAGGCAAUCGCCGUUCAAACUUGCACUUAUGGCCGAAAUCAAGCGAGCCUCACCUUCUAAAGGCAUCAUUCAGAUAGACGCUCGUGCGCCGGAGCAAGCUAGAGUGUACGCAUUGGCAGGCGCAAGCACCAUCUCCGUCCUUACCGAGCCGCACUGGUUCAAGGGCAGCAUUGAUGAUCUACGCAACGUGAGGCAAGCUAUUGAUGGUAUGCCAAACCGACCUGCUUUGCUACGAAAAGAAUUUGUUUUCGAUGAAUAUCAGAUCCUCGAGGCGCGUCUAGCAGGUGCUGAUACCGUCCUACUCAUCGUGAAGAUGCUCGAUCGUGAGCUCUUGAACAGGCUCUACAAGUACUCGCAGUCGCUGGGUAUGGAGCCGCUGGUAGAAGUCAAUACACUCGAGGAGAUGCGGAUCGCGGUCGAGCUGGGAUCGAAAGUGAUUGGCGUGAAUAACAGGAAUCUGACAAGCUUCGAAGUCGACAUGGACACCACAACACGACUCAUGAAAAUUGUGCCUAAAGAAACCAUUCUCUGCGCUCUGAGCGGCAUUGCCGGCCCCAAGGAUGUGGAGCCCUACCAACAGAACGGUGUUGGCGCAGUUCUAGUUGGCGAAGCACUGAUGCGAGCAAAGGAUACUGCCAACUUCAUCUCCGAGCUGCUCGGCGGCAGCGAGGCUGCCAUUAAGUCCAGGCCUCAGAAGAAGCUCCUCGUCAAGAUCUGCGGCACGCGAACACCCGAAGCUGCACAAGCGGCCAUUGAAGCCGGUGCUGAUCUGAUUGGGAUAAUCAUGGCCACAGGCAAACGGCGCUGUGUAUCAAGUGAAACAGCUCGAAGUAUCACGGACGUGGUGCGUAGAACACCGAAGACUGCCUUGGAAGUGACUGAUGUCUCCGGAGAGGCUGGAGGGAAAGCGACGAGUUUCUUCGCACACACAGCACGCCAUCACAUCCAGCGAGCUGAUCGUGCGCUAUCAGUUGGUGUUUUCCUUGAUCAGCCUUUGGAAUACAUUCUGGAGCAACAACGACUGGUUGACUUUGACAUCAUUCAACUUCAUGGCUCCGAGCCGUUGGAGUGGGCACAACUCAUACCUGUGCCCGUUCUGCACAAGUUCAAGCCUGGCGAUGCUGGGUUGUCGAGUCGCGGUUACCACUCGCUUCCACUGCUUGACGCCGGUGCUGGCGAGGGGAAACAGCUUGACACAUCAUCAGUUCGUUCACUUCUAGAAGGUGAUGCAGGACUGAGGGUGUUGUUUGCUGGCGGUCUGACAUCGGAAAACUUGACCGAAGCAAUCACUGGCCUUGGCGACGCGAAGGCGCAGAUUGCCGCAGUCGAUGUCAGCACCGGCGUUGAAACGAAAGGAGAACAAGAUGUGGACAAAAUUCGCUCGUUCAUCAGGACAGCUAAAGAGAUCGAGCUAUAGAGAUAAAUUCUACAAUUGAAUCGAAUCUUUCCAGAUUUUCUGCUCUGUACUCUGGCGCAGCAGGCAAGAGGUCCGUCCCUCAUGCUUCUCUCUUCUGUGCAUGAGCCACGAAGUGAAAAAUCUGUUCCUCAUCACGGCCGUUUACCACAAGACGCCUCACGGUGUGGCUGCCUGGUAGCGUGCAGGUGAGCCGUUUGUUCUCAUUCACU